CUCGUUAUCAGUGAAGCAGAGUCGGACCUCAAUCUGCACCAUCAUCUUCAUCCUCAGCCUCCAACAAGGUCCAAAUUCCGAUAGAUACUUUCAUAUUAAUCCCCAAACUAAAAUCUCUCUCUGGUUGUAACAUCGGCUAGUUUCCCUAUACUACAUGAUACUGUAGUUUUACUAUGAAUAAACUCCCAUCUCGUCGAGUCUCAAUCUUGCCCAGAUCAAUCGCUAAAGAACCCACCUUCACAAACCCCCCAGUUUCUUUGAAUUUAGGAUCAAGGAGUUGGAACACAAUUCCAAUUCCCCACAGAACACUUCCUGAACCCAAAGGCCAAGACCUUGAUUUUGUUAACGUUGUCAACAGUCAUCUGAUUCACUCUGACUGGGCCAAGCUUAACUCUUUAUCCAAUGGCCUAACUGCUUUCAGAGUGAAACAUGUUCUGCUCAAAAUCCAAAAGGACUAUGUUGUCUCACUUGAGUUUUUCAACUGGGUUGGAACUCACAAACCCACUUCACUUACCCUCGAAACGCAAUCCAUGAUCCUCCACAUUCUCACCAAGUGUCGAAAGUUUAAGUCGGCUGAGUCGAUUCUGAGAAAGAUUCUUGUGCCGGGGAACAUAGACUUGCCUUCCAAGCUGUUUGAGGCGAUACUGUAUUCGUAUCGCUUGUGUGAUUCAUCCCCUCGGGUUUUUGAUUCGCUGUUCAAGACAUUUGCGCAUAUUAAGAAGUUUAGGAAUGCUACAGACACGUUUUGUAGGAUGAAGGAUUACGGGUUUUACCCCACGGUGGAGUCUUGCAAUGCGUUUUUGAGCUCAUUGCUUGGUUUGCAUAGAGCUGAUGUUGCUUUGGGGUUCUAUCGAGAAAUGAGGCGGUGUCGGAUUUCGCCAAAUGUGUAUACACUUAAUAUGGUUAUGUGUGCUUAUUGUAGAGUGGGGAAAUUAGAGAACGCUGUUGAGGUGCUUGAGAAGAUGGAUGGUAUGGGUUUCAGUCCUACCAUUGUGUCAUAUAAUACGCUCAUUGCAGGACAUUGUGAUAAGGGUCUUCUGAGUUCUGCUGUGAAGUUCAAAAACUUGAUGGCGAAGAGUGGAUUGCACCCGAAUGUGGUGACUUUUAAUACACUUAUAGAUGGGUUUGUUAAGCAAGGGAAGCUAGCAGAAGCAAAUAAAAUUUUUAGUGAGAUGAAAGCCAUGAAUGUGGCUCCUAAUACAGUUACCUAUAAUACUCUGAUAAAUGGGUAUGGUCAAGCAGGUAAUAGUGAAAUGGGCAGCAGGCUUUUUGAGGAGAUGUCAAAGGACCGAGUUAGCGUUGAUAUUCUGACUUAUAAUGGAUUGAUUUUAGGACUAUGCAAGGAGGGUAAGACAAAGAAAGCUGCAUAUCUAGUGAAAGAGCUUGACAGAAAGAGUUUUGCAGUAAAUGCCUCAACUUUUUCUGCGCUUAUUGGUGGGCAGUGUGUGAGAAAGAACUCAGAUCGUGCCUUUCUGUUGUAUAAGAGCAUGGUCAGGAGUGGCUAUCAUCCCGAUGAAUAUACUUUUAAGAUGUUGUUGUCUAGCUUUUGCAGUAAUAGGGAUUUUGAUGGAGCAGUUGAAGUGUUGAAAGAAAUGUUUGAGAGAAAUUUUGUUCCUGAUUCAAGCAUCUUAUCUGAUCUAUGUCAGGGUCUUCAACGCUGUGGGAAUGAAAAACUGAUAGAAUUGCUGUUUAGUGAGAUGGAAACUAGACGCCUCAUUCCUCAAGGUUUUGACAUGGCCAAGAUUAUCUGCUGUGUAGAAGAGAAUGAUAACUCAACUGUUUUGGAAACAUUUAAAUUGUAAACAUCAUUUUCCUUUAGACUGUCAAUAUAUAAGAUUCUAAAGAGUGUCCAACUUCAGUUGUAUCGUCAGAGCACAUCUACUGUGUGUAGUCUUAUGUACCGAACCCUUAACUUCUACUUCCAA